AGUCGAUUAUCACUCGCAAGGUUCUCCAAAGCUGGUAAGUAGCACGUUCGGCGCUCGUGAACUGUGAAAAUGUCAGCUGUACCUCGAAGUGAUCAAGAAAAAAGAAAGCAGAUCAGCGUCAGGGGAAUCGCUGGGGUCGAAAAUAUUACAGAAGUGAAAAAGACCUUUAAUCGGCAUUUGCAUUACACUUUGGUCAAAGACAGGAAUGUCGCUACCCAGAGAGAUUAUUAUUUUGCAUUAGCUCACACUGUUAAAGACCAUCUAGUCAGUCGGUGGAUCCGCACCCAACAGAAUUAUUAUGAGAAAGAUCCAAAGAGAGUGUACUAUUUGUCCCUUGAGUACUACAUGGGACGUACCCUGACGAAUACCAUGAUCAAUUUAAACGUUCAAAGUGCAUGUGAUGAAGCUCUCUACCAGCUUGGGUUGGACAUUGAAGAUUUAGAAGAGAUGGAAGAAGAUGCUGGUUUAGGAAAUGGCGGUCUUGGCCGCCUAGCUGCUUGCUUUUUGGAUUCCAUGGCCACUUUAGGCCUGGCUGCUUAUGGUUACGGAUUACGUUACGAGUAUGGUAUCUUUUCUCAACGAAUCAAGAAUGGAGAGCAGGUAGAAGAACCUGAUGACUGGUUGAGAUUCGGCAACCCAUGGGAGAAAGCCAGACCCGAAUAUACACUUCCUGUCAACUUCUACGGACGUGUUGAACAAUCAGAUAAAGGAGCAAAAUGGGUUGAUACUCAGACGGUUUUUGCCAUUCCCUAUGACAAUCCUGUUCCAGGUUUCCGAAAUAAUAUUGUGAAUACCAUGCGUUUAUGGUCUGCUAAGUCCCCAAAUAGUUUUAAUCUGCGCUUCUUCAACGAUGGCGAUUAUAUUCAAGCAGUUUUGGACCGAAACUAUGCAGAAAACAUUUCAAGAGUAUUGUAUCCUAAUGAUAACUUCUUUGAAGGAAAAGAGCUGAGGUUGAAACAAGAAUACUUCAUGGUUGCUGCUACCUUGCAAGAUAUUAUUAGACGUUUUAAAUCGUCUAAAUUUGGUUGCAGAGAUCCAGUUAGGACGUCUUUCGAUACGUUCCCUGACAAAGUUGCUAUCCAACUCAAUGAUACUCAUCCUGCUUUAGCCAUCCCUGAACUUAUGCGUAUACUUGUUGAUAUUGAAGGUGUUGCAUGGGACAAGGCUUGGGAAAUAACAAAAAAGACAUGUGCCUACACUAAUCACACUGUUCUACCAGAGGCUCUUGAAAGAUGGCCUGUUAGUAUGCUAGAAUAUCUCCUUCCUCGUCACCUUCAGAUUAUGUACGAGAUCAAUCAAAGAUUCCUUGAUGAAGUUUCAAAAAAAUGGCCUGGUGAUGUGGACCGACUCAGAAGAAUGUCUAUGGUUGAGGAAUAUGGCGAAAAGCGCAUAAAUAUGGCUCACUUGGCGAUAAUCGGCUCUCAUGCUGUGAAUGGUGUUGCUGCAAUUCAUUCAGAGAUUCUCAAGAAAGACGUAUUCCGUGACUUUUAUGAAAUGACUCCAGAGAAAUUUCAGAACAAGACCAAUGGUAUAACUCCUCGUAGAUGGCUUCUGUUGUGCAAUCCGAGCCUAGCUGAUGCAAUUGCCGAACGAAUUGGUGAUUCGUGGGUUACACAUCUUGAAGAGCUUUCGAAACUGAAGAAAUUCGUUAAUGAUGCAUCUUUCAUUAGGACUAUUCACAAAAUUAAACAGGAAAACAAGUUGAAGCUUGCUGCAUAUCUUACUAAAGAAACAGGAAUUAACAUUAACCCAGCCUCUAUGUUUGAUAUUCAAGUUAAACGAAUCCACGAAUAUAAAAGACAAUUGUUGAAUUGUCUUCAUAUUAUUACUUUAUAUAACCGUAUUAAGAAGAAUCCUAAUGCUCCCUUCGUUCCGAGAACUAUUAUGAUUGGAGGAAAAGCCGCUCCUGGUUAUCAUACUGCCAAACAAAUUAUUAAGCUAGUCUGUGCUAUUGGAAACGUUGUUAACAACGAUCCUGUUGUUGGAGAAAAAUUGAAGGUUGUAUUCCUAGAAAAUUACAGAGUUACAUUAGCUGAGAAGAUUAUACCUGCUGCUGAUCUUAGCGAACAAAUUUCUACUGCUGGAACAGAAGCUUCAGGCACGGGAAAUAUGAAGUUUAUGUUGAAUGGAGCUUUGACAAUUGGUACUCUAGAUGGAGCUAAUAUUGAAAUGAAGGAAGAAAUGGGUGCUGAGAAUAUCUUUAUUUUCGGAAUGACAGUUGAUGAAGUUGAAGAUCUGAAACGAAAAGGAUACAAUGCUUGGGACUAUUACAACGCUCUUCCUGAACUCAAACAAGCAGUUGAUCAGAUAAGUGGUGGAUAUUUCAGUCCUAACAACCCAGAUUGCUUCAAGGAUUUGACUAACAUUCUGUUAAAUCAUGACAGGUUUUACUUGUUCGCUGAUUAUGAGGCCUACAUUAAGUGCCAAGAGCGAGUGAGUGAUAUGUUUACGAAUACUGAAGAAUGGACUAAGAUGGCAAUCAUGAAUAUUGCCUCCUCUGGAAAGUUCUCUAGCGAUCGUACUAUUGCAGAAUAUGCUAGGGAAAUCUGGGGUGUUGAACCUAGUUGGGAAAAACUGCCAGCACCACAUGAAGCCAGAGAGUAGCUUAUUUUGUGUUGGCAGAUGAGCUAUAAAGUUGCCUCACCUAUUAUUGUGAUGUGAUGUUUCAAGAAUUCUUAUAAGAAGUUGCACAGUAUAUGGUUUGUUUAGUCACAAUGCUUUGUGGAUGUUUAAAGGCUUUUUACAAUGUGUACUGCCUUGUUCGUGUAAACUGUCAACUCCAUUAGGCCGAACAUGUAUAAAGGCUCUAUUUAAAUACAUUGUUUCUCAUUUAAACUGGAACAAUAAAUUAUGAGUUUAUAUUUGUUUUAAAUGCAUUUCAGUUCUGUUCAGUACAUGAAAUUUAUUUGCAUUAUUAUAAAUGAAAUACCUGUAAUGUGGAUUUCAUCUUCCUGUCUUAUGAUUCUAGAUAUUGUUUGUUCUAGCUGUUUUUAAACAGACUGAAAUUUUUUAAAUGCUCAUAAGUUUAUAUAAAGUUGUUAUUAUGGAAUGUUUAUCUUCUAUUCCCAAUAUUUUUGUUCUUUGUUAUAUGUUUGAGCUUGUUAUUUGUUGAUAUGUGAUAGUUUUUUGUGAUGUGUUUAAAGCAUAUUUUUCAUUGGAUAAUUAUUAUUGUACAUAUAUAUAUAGAAUAUGUAGUUUUGGAAUUCUAUCAGCGUUUCUUCUCAAACAUGCUUUGUGUUCCAAGCCAUAAUUAAAUCUGUUAAAUUUCA